GGUGGUGAUCUCAUCAAAAUUCGAGACUUGAUAGGGCAACAAUGUUCACCAAAUUCACAGUUCUCUUGGCAAGCCUCGCGCUAUCCAGCUGCGUGCCCAUACAAAUAUUUUCUAAUGGGGUCGCUGUAUCCAGCGGAGGAGUUCCUCUGAGACAACCUAUUGGACCGACGGUCACUCCUGCUACGUAUCAACCAAUCAACCAGCAAGUUUCUCCUACCAUAACACCCAUCAAAUCGGUCAUCAACUCUCCCAUAUAUAGUACACCAAGCAUAGCUUUUGGCUUCGGAAGCGGUUUCAGCAGCGACAUCGCUGGAAUAAGGCACUCCACUAGUAUAGGCUCGUCGUUUUCGACUGGCGAUGCUCGUGCCUACGGCUCUGGAAUUGGGGGUACUGGGGAGACAUACGCGUCAGGAAUCGGCGUAGCAGACGCAUCGCCCUCUGGUUCUUACCUACCACCUCUUCAGUCCUCGCAGCAGCGCUACGAUAGCUAUGGAAACCCAGUACCUGAUUACGACAACAACUAUAUCUCUAAUGAACAAGAGCAGAAUACUAUUACUUACUAUCCCUCGCAAAGAAACGAAUGGUCACAGAACUACGGAAAUGGUUAUGCACCGUCCGACUCAGCACAAAAUAAUGAACAAUUCCAGGCAGCGGUCUCUGCCACUCAAAACGCUGGCGAUCUCCAAUCGUCCACGUCAUUGGCUCAAAACCAACAAGGACAAGGCUAUCAGACAGCGGUAUCCUCAACACAGAACGGGAAUAAUUUUAGAUCUGCAAUCUCGAAUGCUCAGUCCAGCGAUGGGUACUCUAACUUUGGUUCCGCGACCACAGCAACACAGAACAUCGGCACAUUGAAUGCUAGCACCGCUCAAGCUAUUCAGCGGAAUGGCGGUGCUCUCCAGCAAAGUGGUGCGACCAUCAUCAGUGGACCCGGAAUACAAGCGGCUCAAGCUCACGCUAUAAAUACUGGAUAUUAUCGUUAUUAAAACAUAAGUGAUGUUGAAAGAUUAGUGCAACAAUAUUAUGAGGUGUUGAUGUUGAGGUGACGUUGAUGACUGUUUUAGUAUAACGUACUAUAUUUGAUAAAUGAUAAAGCGCGUACUGACCACGAAUGAGAAUUAAAUAGAGUCCUUGAAGAGCUAACCUCGUAUGUCUUAUGUGAAAAACUAACUAUAUAGACUGAGUUGAGGCUACGAUCUGGGAAAAGGCAAUCUAUAUAUACGUUCUUGUCUGAAUAUCUUACUUUCUAAUAUGUAUAGAUAUAUGUAUUUCUUAGUAAACUGUGUAACAUUGAAAAAAAAAAUUAAGAAAUAUUUAUUUCGUAACAAAAUUGAUACAAUACAAAUCAUAGUACCUUAAAAUUAAGACAUAAACAUUAUCUAGUAAUAAGUAUAUCUAAAUGCAUGCAUGCGUGCAACAUUAUCAAACAUAUGUUACCACUGGAAACGGCAGAAAUCUCGCCUCAUUGUCGUAAUUAUUAUUUAAUUAAUUUAUUAUUUAAAUGUAAAUAGGUAUAAUUUAAAUAAAAGA